CAACGUUAGAGAAACAACAUGGAAGGUGGGGGAAUACAGAACUUAUCCAUAAAUGGCAAUGCAUCAGACAUCCACCCUGUCACACACAGUCUAUGGGAGGUCAUAACCAUAGCAACUGUGUCGGCCAUCGUGAGCCUGAUUACGAUAGUGGGGAACGUCCUGGUGAUGCUGUCGUUUAAGGUAAACAGCCAGCUGAAGACAGUCAACAACUACUAUCUGCUGAGUUUGGCUGUAGCUGACCUCAUUAUAGGUGUGUUCUCUAUGAACCUCUACACCUCCUACAUACUGAUGGGAUACUGGGCACUGGGGAGUGUGGCUUGUGACCUCUGGUUGGCUUUGGACUACGUGGCCAGUAAUGCGUCAGUGAUGAACCUGCUGGUAAUCAGUUUUGACCGGUACUUCUCCAUCACCAGACCCCUGACCUACAGAGCCAAGCGCACCCCCAAACGGGCUGGGGUCAUGAUAGGCAUGGCCUGGCUGGUGUCCCUCAUCCUGUGGGCCCCUCCCAUACUGUGCUGGCAGUAUUUUGUGGGGAAAAGGACAGUCCCUGAAAGGCAGUGUCAGAUCCAGUUCUUCUCGGAGCCAGUGAUAACAUUUGGGACAGCCAUUGCUGCAUUUUACAUCCCAGUGUCAAUCAUGACCAUCCUGUACUGUCGGAUCUACAAGGAGACGGAACGUCGCACCAAGGACCUCGCUGAGCUCCAGGGCAUCAACAGUUCCACAGACACUGGUGUCACCAAACCCCAGAAAACCAUCAUUAGAUCCUGCUUCAACUGCAAGCAGCUCAGCUCUGCCUCCCGGGACAGAACCCAGGCCUCCUGGUCCUCCUCCAACAGGAGCAAUGCAGCCAAAUCAGCAGCAGCCACCAACGACGAGUGGUCCAAGACAGACCAGCUGACCACCUUCAACAGCUAUGCCUCCUCGGAGGACGAGGAGCGGCCCGUGUCCCCGGGGGCCUUUCAGCCCACCUGCCAGGAGUGUAGGCAGAGCACGGGUGCAGCGGGCUGUGAUAAAGAACAGCUCAGCAGUUAUGAGGAGAACAACUUCUUCCACACGCCACCAAAGACCAACUCCCAGAAGAGCAAGAAGUGUGUGUCCUACAAGUUUAAACCAGUUCCCAAAGACACUAGCAGUGGUGCCCAGCAGAGCAAGAAUGGGGACACUAACAUGGCCCCAUCAUCUUUCUCUUCAGCUGACUCUAUGAGUGCCCCACCCUCCACCUCCUCCUCCAAGCCAAUAGACACCACUCUGAAGAUCCAGCUGACCAAGAGGAAGAGGAUGGUGCUGAUUAAGGAGAGGAAGGCUGCCCAGACUCUCAGUGCUAUCCUGCUGGCCUUUAUCCUGACAUGGACACCAUACAACAUCAUGGUGCUCAUCUCCACCUUCUGCUCUGACUGCAUCCCUGUGUCUCUCUGGCACCUGGGCUACUGGCUGUGCUAUGUCAACAGUACAGUCAACCCAAUGUGCUACGCCCUCUGUAACAAGACCUUCCAGAAGACCUUCCGCAUGCUGCUGCUCUGUCAGUGGAAGAAGAAGAGAGUGGAAGAGAAACUUUACUGGUACGGGCAAAACCCUGUAGUGAGCAGCAAGCUAACAUGAGCCAUUCACACCUUCCUUUUAGAGGACGAGUAUCAAGACUAUAUGACUCGAUAGAUGUGGAAAUAUUUCUGUCAGUAUUUGAGUUAUGUCUACAAGUAGGGUGUGUCAAAGGUGCAAAGGUUAGAGACAAGACUCUAGUUUGUCAAUGGUAUUGUUCUUUAAUCAAUACCUUGAUCACUGCUCACUACAAGGAAUUCAGAAGUGUUUGAUAAUCUUGCCCCAAAUGCUGAUACUGUACACCAAUACAUCAUUGAACAUGUAAAUAUAAAAAAAUAACCCAACAUGCACAAAAAAGUUAGAGAUAUUUCAUAGAAAAACAUGUUGUGAAUGUUUUCUAGGCAUUAUGUUAGACUACAUUGUGUUUAUUUUAAGGGCUAUCACAGUUCUUGACUUGAUUUCAGAGUGAGCUGGAUAACAAAUGAUUGUACACUCUGAUCAUCAAAAGCCUUGUUCACAUGUACCAUUGACUUUUGUCAGAUACUAAUAAUCAAACAUUCAACAGCCAAUCUUUCCACCAAUACACAAGCACAUAUACAGUACACAUGUAUUCAUCCCUCAAUCCAAAUGAAUCCAGACACCACAGAAACAGAGGGGAAGAGAUUUGAUUAAAGUAAAUGCUGAGUUUGCGAUAUCAAAUUCUAUUUAACAAUUAGUCUUACUCUCAACUCAGCAGCUUUAAUCUGCACAUAAACUGUGUAAAACACGUGAUUUCAUGCAAUAGUUUAUGGGACACUUCCGCAUAAAGUAUACACCUGACAAAUUACUUGUCAGAUAAGGAUUAGCCUUUAAUCAAUCAUAGUGGGUUCAGUUCAGGCCUAAGCAUGGGAUCAUAUCAGGGAGUGAUUUAAUCUGUCCAGGGUCACUAUAAGUCACUCAGUACAGUGACAGCCCUCAA